AUGGAUCAGUACUAUUGCACUGCAGUUCUGAUGGCGAUGAUUAUCGUGUGGCCAUGCCUUCAUUUCUUCAUCAUCCCCAACCUAUUGUUACUACUCAUCAAAAGUGACCCAAAAUCCCCCAAAAUGCCACCAGGGCCAUACCCUUUUCCUAUAAUUGGAAACAUCUUAAAACUAGGCCAAAAGCCUCAUCAAACACUUUCUGAACUCUCCAAAAUUUAUGGGCCCCUAAUGACUCUCAAGUUUGGUAGCUUAACCACCAUAGUAAUUUCCUCUCCCCAGAUUGCCAAAGAAGCAUUAAUAAAAAAUGACAUUGUUUUUUCUGACAGGCAAAUCCCUGAUAUCAUGCAUGCCCUUGAUCAUCACAAAGUUUCUAUGGUGUGGUUACCUACAUCAUCAAUCAAAUGGAGAAAUCUAAGAAAAAUUUGCGCAACAAACGUAUUCUCUCAUCAAAAGCUAGACUCUACUAGAGAUUUUCGCCACAAAAAGGUGCAAGAGUUGCUAAACUUUGUGCACAUAAGUUGCACCAAGUGUGAACCUAUUGAUAUAGGUCAAGCUGCAUUCACAACAGUAAUUAAUUCCUUGUCCUACACCUUUUUCUCAAGGGAUUUUGUUGAGUAUGGUCCUUGUGGUUGUGUGCCACAGAAUAAUUACAGGGGGCUUAUGACAGAUAUAAUGGAAGAAUCUGGAAAGACUAAUUUUGCUGAUCUUUUCCCACUUCUUAGAUUAUUUGACCCACAGGGGGUUAGAAGAAGGGGAAAAGAUUAUACUCAAAGGCUAAUCAGACUUUUCAAUGGUAUUGUUGAUGAAAGGAUGCAGUUAAGAGCUUCAUGCAUUGAUUCUGGUGAGGAUAAUCGUGAUGUAUUGGAUUCAUUCCUAAGUCUCAUGGAAGUACAUGAUUCUGCCGAAUUGAGUCGCCGCGAAUUCUUGCAUUUAAUGGUGGACUUAUUUGUUGCUGGGACUGACACAACAACAAGCACAGUGGAGUGGGCAAUGGCUGAACUUCUUAACAACCCAGAAAAGAUGGCCAAAGCCAAAGAAGAGCUUAUUCGAGUCCUUGGCAAAGAGGGCAAGCCUGAAGAACUAGACAUCUCAAAACUUCCUUACCUAAAAGCAAUUGUGAAGGAAACCUUUAGGUUGCACCCACCAGUCCCCUUUUUGCACCACAAAUCAAAGUCUGAGGCAGAAAUUUGUGGCUUCAGGGUGCCCAAAGAUGCCCAAGUUCUAGUUAAUGUAUGGGCCAUUGGACGAAAUUCCAAUGUAUGGAGUGAUCCUAAUUGUUUUGUGCCAGAAAGAUUUUUAGGGUGCAAAAUGAAUGUUAACGGUCAUGACUUUGAGUUAAUUCCCUUUGGAUCUGGAAGAAGAAUGUGUCCUGGACUUCCAUUGGCUCAUAGAUCGGUGCACUUAAUUUUGGCCUCUCUUUUGCACUGCUUUGAUUGGAAGAUUGCAAAUGUGAAGAAGCAACAAGAAUUUGACAUGACUGAGAAGUAUGGGCUUGCCUUACGUAGGGAUCAACCACUUCUAGCCAUUCCAAUUAAUAUCUAA